CUUCACGCACAACAGUAUUUUUGUUAGUCUUGUAGCUUUCUUCAGGUCUGAUUGUUUUGGAAUGUUAUCAUUUUAGUUUUCCCCCUUUCAACAAGAGAAAACAGGAGGAGAUUUUAUCAUGACUCAAUCUAGCUCCAAUGGGCAGUUUGCUGACUGAUUUUAAGUCAGUGACUUAUGAUGCCGCUGAAACGAACAAAUCCUUCGAGGGCUUACAAGCGAAAGGCUAAACAGACAGGCAAAGAAAGUGCAGCUCGUGAUGCAGUAAGAGCAGUUGUUUUGGGAUCCCAGCGCUUUGAGAAAGCAUCAGUGAUUAACAGUAUUUUAGGAGAUGAAGUCAAGUCUGAUGAAUACUUCAUGACGUCUGUGAGGAGAGACGGUGAAGUGAAUGGAAGAAAGAUCACUCUGAUUAACACUCCCUGCUGGUGGAAGGAGUAUGGUGUGAAAGACUCACCAGAAGUUGUCAAACAGGAACUGGUGUGCAGUGUCUUCAAGUGUCCUCCAGGACCUCAUGUUUUUCUGCUGGUUAUUGAUCUCAGUUUGCCUUUUACUCAAGAACACAGAAUCAGCAUUGAGGAACAUCUGAAUCUCUUUGGAGAGAGAAUCUGGUCACACAUCAUAGUGCUCUUUACACAAACAAUUUCUCUGAAUGAAGAAUCCAUUGAGCAGCACAUACAGAGUCAAGGAGAAGAUCUGCAAAAGAUCAUACAGAGAUGUGGAGACAGAUACCAAGUUUUUGAUAUUGAAAAUAAAGGAAAUGGAGUUGAAGAACUGCUUGUGAAGAUUGAUGGUGUUGUGGCAGUAAACAAUGGCAAACACUUUGCAACUCAUGAGGACAUGCUACUCGAGAUUCAGAGAAAGAGAGACGAAAACCAAGAGAAAGCAAAAGCUAGACGAUUAAAGGUUCAGGAGAAAAGAGAUCUGCUGACAGAAAAAGGAGAUGUGUUAUCACUCCCAUCGCUGAGAGUUGUACUGGUGGGUUGGAUCCUUUCUGGAAAAAGUUUAACAGGAAACACCAUCUUGAAUCAGGACACAUUUAAAGCAGGAAAAAACAAGACAUACGUACAAGGUUCUGGUGAAGUUAAUGGAAGGAAGAUAACAGUGUUGGACACGCCAGGCUGGUGGAAGUAUUUCCCGACUAAAUUCAAUCCAGAGUUUGUGAGGACCUCAAUUCUAGAGAGUAUUUCAGAAAGUGGGAAAUUUCCCCAUGCAAUAAUAUUAGUGAUAACUGCAGACACCUCGUUUCAGCAAGAACAAAAGAGAAUCAUCGAUGAAAAUAUGACUACUCUCGGAGAGGAUGUGUGGAGACACACCAUAGUUUUGUUCACAUGGGGCAAUAUAUUUCCAGACAUCUCAAUCGAGGAGCACAUUGAGAGUGAAGGAGACUCACUCCAGUGGCUGAUUGAGAAAUGUGGGAACAGAUAUCACAUCUUUGACAACACAGACAUGAAGAAUCGAGCUCAAGUCACAGAGCUGCUCCAGAAGAUUGAUCAGAUGGUGGCAGAAAACUGUUUGUUCCGUCUCGACACUCAUUGUGAUGCAGAAAUGAAUCUUCAUGAGACCGACACACAACAAGAUCUGGAUUUAGAGGAGGAAAUAAGUCUGGACCCACAGCAUGUGCUGAAAUUACUAAAUCAGGAGUUGAACAACAGAUUAAAGGAGAUAAAAAACAAGACAAAAGAAUUAGGGAAGGAUUUCACUGAACGUCUAGAAUGUGCAAGUCAGAGAAGUUUGCCAAACCCCCCAGAAUUUAAAGAGGAUGAAUCAAAUAACCCUUCUGAAACACAGAUCAGCAAACAUCAACAGGAGAUCAAGCCAGUUGAUGAAAAACUCAUGAAUAAGAUCGAGAGAGAAGGAAGCAGAUGGGAAUCUAUAAUAAUGGAGGGGUUCUGGAGGGUUUUGCAGACAUCUAAAGCAUCAAGUGAUGAGAAUGUGAUCCAAAUACCAGGGGCUGACGUGUGGAAGUGGCUUCAAAGAUGUGAGGAAUACAGCACAUCUGGAUAUGAAACAAUCUCCAAUCUCAGUGAUCCAGCAGAAGAUCCACAGAAUACAGACACAUCAGAGGAUAAUAAUUGCUUCAGAGCAACAGACAUCAUAGCCUUCAACAGAUGACAUGUUCUUGUGCUCAGCUGGAAUUCCCUCUAACGCCAUGUUUGAUUUUUAAUGGGAAUGAAAACGAGGCUGUGAGGGAUAGACUUACAGUCUCUUCAAUGGCACGAAUGGUAUAAAGCUUUAUAAAGCUCCUGCAUCACAUCUGAUUUUACACAACUCAUAUUGUCUGGAGUUCUUUGUAUACUGAAUGUUCUUGGACAGGUAUUUUAUCAAUGUUUUGCCCAUGAAAAAAAAAACACUUUAAACGGCAGUACAACCCAUUGAAGAGACUAUGUCUAUUCCUCACAGCCUAGUUGUCAUUCCCAUUUAAAAUCAAAGAUGGCUGAAAUGGGGCCAGUGGUGGCUCAGUGGUUAAGGCUCUGGGUUACUGACUGAAAGGUCGGGGGUUCAAGCCCCAGCACUGCCAAGAUACUACUGUUGGGCCCUUGAGCAAGGCCCUUGACCCUAUCCCCUCCAGGGGUGCUGUUUCAUGGCUGACCCUGCACUCUGACCCCAGCUUAGUUGGGAUAUGUGAAAACAACUGCAUUUCAUUGGCUCUGUACCUUGUACUCUGCACAAUGACAAUAAAGUUGAAUCUUAAAAAUCGUAAUCUUAAAUGUAGUGAGACAUGUUAAUAAAUGUUACUGUGUAA